AUGGAGCCCCCCGCCGCCACCUUCAUCCGUGGGGUGGGGGAUGAGGUGACGGUGGUGGCCGGUGUCGUGGUGCUGGUGCUGGCUCUGGUCCUGGCGUGGCUGUCCACCUACGUCGCUGACAGCAGCAACCAGCUUUUGGGAACGAUUGUUGCAGCGGGGGAUGCAGCCGUCAUCCGGCUCAGCCCCGUGGAGCGGUACGUGGGGACGGCGGGGGCGGCCGAAGCCCUGGAGCCCCCCAGGGUCCCCGAAAACCCAGAGGAGAAAACAGAAGAGGAAGAGGGGGCAGCGUCGGGGCCGGCGGCAGAGCAGGGGGAUGGCGGCAGCCACCCCGACCCCGGCCUGGAGGGGGGGCGGGGGGAGGGGGCCAGCCCCCCCGCCCCUGGCCUGGAGCGGCUGCUGGACAUCCAGAGCUUGCCCAAACGGACCUCGGCCGCUGAGCCCAGCGCCCCGGGCAGCCCUGGGGAGCCCCCCGCCCCGGGGGGCAGCGACCUCUGCUCUGGCCUCAUCAAGAUCCGCCUCAAAUUCCUCAACGAGACGGAGGAGGUGGCCGUGGUCCGGCCCGAGGACACCGUGGGGGGCCUGAAGAGCAAGUAUUUCCCGGGCCAGGAGAGCCAGAUGAAGUUCAUCUAUCGCGGGCAGCUGCUGCAGGACCAGGGGCGGACGCUGCGCUCGCUCCACAUCACAGACAACUGCGUCAUCCACUGCCACCGCUCCCGGAGCGCCGCGGCCACCACCGCCCUGCCCGACCCCGGCACCGCCGCCCCCGACGCAGGCGGCUUCCCCCUCGGCACGGGGAACCUGAUGGUCCCCGCCAUCAUGGUGGUGCUGGCGGUCGUCUGGUAUCUCCGCAUCAACUACCGGCAGCUCUUCACCGCCCCGGCCACCGUCUCCUUGAUUGGCGUCACCGUCCUGUUCAGCUUCCUGGUGUUCGGGAUGUACAGACAGUAG